AUGUUAAAAAGAGCUCGGGUGGCUGCAUUGUGCGCUCUGCCCCUGCCUGCGACCGCAGCAGCCUUGCAAAGGUUGCUGUGCGGAGCUUAUUGGUUACGGGAGUCUAUCAUUGAGUAUGCCAAGCAUGCAGCUCCGCUGCAGUCGAAGUUGGAUGCUGCGUUCGAUGGUCGCAGCCGGAAGCAACGCUUCGCAGAAGGCCUUGCGCUGGCGUGGACCCCUGCUGAGGAGCCACAGUAUCGUGAUUUCUUGGAUUGUGUGGCAACAUCGACAAAGCUAGCAUUUUCUUCGGAGACGGCGACUGAUGAUUUUGCAACUGGUUAUUUGCAAAGGCGGUAUAUUUAA